UUGCUAGGCGGCAGUUGUUUCCCCCGCUCCCGGCGGAGUUGGCUGGAGGAGACUGCGAUUCUAUGUUUCUUAGCUUACAUGUUUGCUAAGGCGCCCCGAAAUGUUCGCUGCGGACAGUAGUGCCUUGUGCUCUAGACGUGAAGCUCGGCUCUCAGAGCGACGGAAGUGGGUGAAAGUAUUUGAAGCAUGUGAUGAAGAUAAAAAAGGUUAUCUAAGCAGAGAAGACUUUAAAGUUGCUGUAGUAAUGCUGUUUGGGUACAAACCAUCAAAGAUAGAAGCAGAUUCUAUUAUGUCAGCAGUAAAUUCAAACACUUCAGGUAUAUGCCUUGAAGAGUUUAUAAAACUCAUGGAAAAAAAGAAGGCAGCCCAACUUUAUCAGAAUGAAGUAAGACAGAUCUUCACAGCUUUUGACAGGCAAUAUCGUGGAUUUUUAACUUUGGAAGAUUUCAAAAAAGCCUUCAGACAAGUGGCUCCCAGGUUGCCAGACAGGAUUGUGCUUGAAGCUUUCAGGGAAGUAGAUCAGGAUUCAGAUGGACAUGUCAGCUUUAAAGACUUCGAAUACGCAAUGAACUAUGGUCAAAAUGAAGCAUAAAUAUUGGGAUCUGCUUAUGCCAAAUUCCAGAAGGCAAGGGAUUUAACUCAGGAUAACAAUAUCCAGUGUUUUAAGGAACUGCUUUCAAGACUCUUGUAAAAUUUAUCCUGUUCUUAAUAUAUUAUAAAUAUGUAAUUCAGUAUGUUUUCAUUUUGAAUCAUUUCAAUUUACAAAUAAUAUCACUUUAAUUAUGCACUCCCUGUGAUUAGACUCUUCCUUGAUUCUAGUUUUUAAUGUGACUUUUAGCUUUUAUAAUGGUCUAGUCUCUUUGCUAAUAAUACAUUAGAGGAAGUUGGAAUAUGAUAUGAUAAAAAUUUAAGCGUCUCAGAAUUCUAGUGGAUAAUCACAUGUAGAUUAUUACUGAUAAAAGGAUAGUCUGUUACCUGGCCAAUAAUCUUAAAGGAGAAUAUAUUAAAAAGUGAAAUGUCCAGACUGUAAUUCCAUUUGGAAAGGCUGAAUAAAAACAUUAAUGUAAAGAGAAUUUGAAGGAAGAGGUUAUUGAAGGGCAAAUCAGUUAAACUGAGAGAAAGAAGUUACUUUUAAACUUUUAUGAUAAAAACUGAGUAUAGUUUCUAUUCUCAUCAAUUUGGUAGUUGCUAGAAUAGAUAAGGUAUGAUAGUAAACACUAUGGAAGAGAAAGAGGUCAUGGAAUUUCAUUUCCCUGGUAUACAUUUGUGAAUAUAUAUAUAAAAAAGAUAUUUACAAGGCCUGGAAAGACUUGCAUAAACUGAAGCUAAGUGAAGUGAGUAGAACCAAGAGAACAUUGUACACAGCAACAAGAUUAUGUGAUGAUCAACUGCUAUGGACGCAGUCUUUUGCAACAAUGAGGUGAUUCAGGCCAAUUCCAAUAGACAUGUGAUGGAGAGAGCCAGAGAAAGGAUUGUAGGAAAUGAAUAUGGAACACAACAACAGUAUUUUCAUCUUUUUUGUGGUUGUUGUUUGCGUGCACUUUUUUUCAAUUUUGUUUCUUUUUGAUCUGAUUUUUCUUGUGCAGUAUGAUAACUCUGGAAAUAUGUAUAGAAAAGUUGCACGUAUUUAACCUAUAUUGUAUUACUUACUGUCUGGGGAAGGAGUAUGGGAGGAAGGGAGAGGAAAAAAAUUGGAACACAAGGUUUUGCAGGGAUGAAUGUUGAACGCUUUCUUUGCAUGUAUUUUGAAAAUAAAAAGCUAAUAUUAAUUUUUUAAAAAAA